AUGUCCAACCGAACAUUCGUAUCCGACUCCCUCCUUCGCCUAACCGGCGCCUCAGACCCAACAGUCAUCGACUUCGUACUCGCAACCGCGACAUCCGCGCGCUCACCCUCCGCACUCCAGGAUAAGCUCGCCCCGUUUCUAGAAGGCGAUGCCGGAGAGAUCGGCCAGUUUUGCACUGAGUUGUAUCGACGCGCUGGGAAGGGGGCGACGGGCGCUGCUUCUACCACAACGACGGGCUCGGGUGGUAAGGAUAGUGGGCGGAAUGGGGCUGGAAGUGGGAGUGCAUCGACAUCCACAUCGGCGGCGCGCGGGGAUGCGAAGAAGAGGUAUAUGCUGCUGGAUAUGGAAGAGGAGGACGGGGGUUCGUCGUUGGGGCCCAGAGAUGUUGAGAGAGAAAAGGAUAGGCGGAGGGAGAGAACUCGAGACAGGGGCAGAGACAAGGAGGAUAGGACCCGAGAAAAGGAUAAUAGAAGCCGGAAGCGCGAGCAUAGUGGGGACCGACAGCGUUCAAGAAAGUUGCGGCGGCGCGAUGUGGACGAUUUCGAGGAUCGAUGGGGCGACGAGGACAUUGUUGAAGAGGAGGAAGCAGAGGGAGAGGAGUUUGAGGAGUCGCCGGCGAAGAGGACAAGAUUGGAAGAUGGCUCUGCGUCGCCGCGGUCAACGACAAGUUCAGCGGAUCUAGACCCCGAGGAGCGCAAGGAACGGGACCGAAAACGAGACAUCGAGGAGCGAGAUGCGCUUGCGAAGCGGCUGGCGGACAAGGACAACAGCCGGUCGAAGAAGAUCGUGGAAGACCGGACGAAAGAUAGCGAAGCCGCGAGGCGGCGGAAGUUGGCGGACGAUUCGAAAGCUCGCGCCGCUGCGAUGCCUGACCUGCGAUUGCGCUCGCGACAGGAGUACCUCAAGAAGCGCGAGAUGGAGCAGUUGGCUCUGUACCGGAGGCAGGUUGCAGAGGAGACGCAAGAGUUGCGUGAGAAUCCGAACCUGACGCGGAAGGAGAAGGAAGAGUUUGCGCGGAACCGGGAGGUGCUUCGUCUCGCGGAGGAGCGGCUACGGAUCGACGAUCAUCGCGAUGGAUAUAUGAUGCCCGAGGAUUAUAUCACAGAAAAGGGCAAGAUUGAUCGGAAGAAGAAAGAGGAGGCACUGUACAAGCGCUAUGUGGAUCGCGACGAAAUGGGCCAGGAGAAAUUUGUUACGGAGCACGAAGAGUGGGAGCAGGAGCAGACAGCCAAGGCAAAGGCUCAGAUCAAUCGGGCGGAAUACGUGGACGAGGGAGACUACGAGUACGUGUUUGAUGAUUCGCAGAAAAUCAACUUCACUGUGGAUGCGCCGAUGAAGGGGACGCAGAGGCUCAUGACGCAGGAGCAGCGCGCACUGAAGGAGAAGCUUGACGAAGCGGAGAAGAAGGCUCAGACUAUAGAAGAGACCCGGAAGAAGCUGCCGAUUUACCAAUUCCGUGACCAGAUUAUCCAAGCAGUUCACGACCACCAGGUGCUGAUUAUUGUCGGAGAGACCGGAUCGGGUAAGACGACACAGCUUCCGCAGUACCUCCAUGAGGCCGGGUAUACCAAGAACGGGAUGAAGGUCGGCUGCACGCAACCACGUCGAGUUGCAGCCAUGAGUGUCGCGUCGCGUGUUGCAGAGGAAAUGGGCGUGAAAAUCGGUAACGAAGUCGGGUACUCCAUCCGAUUCGAGGAUAAUACAAGUGAUAAAACCGUGCUAAAGUACAUGACUGACGGCAUGUUACUGCGUGAGCUUCUCACCGAACCGGACUUGGGACAGUACUCGGCUUUGAUGAUUGACGAGGCGCACGAACGCACAGUGCCCACAGAUAUUGCUUGCGGUCUCUUGAAGGAUAUCGCAAAGGCUCGUCCAGACCUAAAGCUGCUCAUCUCCUCCGCGACGAUGGAUGCGCAAAAGUUCCAGAGUUACUUUGAUAAUGCGCCAAUCUUCAAUAUUCCCGGACGCAUGUACAAUGUUGAUAUCCACUACACACAGCAGCCGGAGGCCAACUACCUGGCUGCUGCAAUUACGACAGUCUUCCAGAUCCACGUGUCCCAAGGCCCAGGUGAUAUCCUUGUCUUCCUGACCGGACAAGAGGAGAUUGACGCCGCUGAACAGAGCUUACAAGAGACGGCGAGGAAGCUUGGGAAUAAAAUACCAGAAAUGAUUAUAUGUCCGAUUUAUGCCAACUUGCCAUCGGAUCUGCAGGCCAGGAUCUUCGAGCCAACGCCGCCCAAGGCGCGCAAGGUGGUCUUGGCUACGAAUAUUGCUGAGACCAGUUUGACGAUUAAUGGGAUCGUCUAUGUCAUUGACCCUGGGUUCGUCAAGGAGAACGUCUUCAACCCCCGGACAGGCAUGGAGAGCUUGGUGGUGACGCCUUGCUCACGAGCGUCGGCCAACCAGCGAGCGGGUCGAGCAGGUCGUGUUGGACCAGGAAAGUGCUUCCGCCUGUAUACCAAGUGGGCGUACUAUAACGAAUUGGAAGAGAGCACAACGCCAGAGAUUCAACGAACGAAUUUGAACAGUGUGAUUCUGAUGUUGAAAUCGCUUGGCAUCGACCAGCUUCUUGAGUUCGACUUUAUGGAUCCUCCGCCGGCGGAGACGAUUAUUCGGGCACUGGAGCAGCUGUAUGCCCUUGGAGCGCUGAACGAUCGUGGAGAACUCACCAAGAUCGGGCGACAGAUGGCAGAGUUCCCUACAGAUCCGAUGCUAGCCAAGGCGAUCCUGGCCGCAGACAAAUACGGGUGCGUGGAGGAAGUCCUCUCCAUCGUGUCGAUGCUCGGUGAAGCCAGCGCGCUAUUCUUCCGACCAAAGGACAAGAAGAUCCACGCCGACAGUGCACGAAACCGCUUCACUGUCAAAGACGGCGGCGACCACUUGACGCUCCUCAACAUCUGGAACCAAUGGGUCGACUCCGACUUCAGCUUCGUCUGGGCAAAGGAGAACUUCCUGCAACAGCGAAGUCUAACCCGCGCCCGCGACGUCCGCGACCAACUCGCCAAACUUUGCGACCGCGUCGAAGUCACUGUCAGCUCCGGCGGGUCAAACAACCUCAUCCCGAUCCAAAAGGCCAUUACGGCGGGUUUCUUCCCCAACGCCGCGCGUCUCCAGCGCGGAGGCGACAGCUACCGCACCGUGAAAACGGGGCAAACGGUGUACCUGCACCCGUCGAGUACGCUGUUUGAGGUGAACCCGCGGUGGGUGAUUUACUUUGAGCUGGUUUUGACGAGUAAGGAGUAUAUGCGCAGCAAUAUGCCCUUGCAGGCUGAGUGGCUGGUUGAGGUUGCACCGCAUUACUAUAAGAAGAAGGAUCUGGAGACGCUGGGGACUGAGAAGAAACCGAAGGGGCAGGGGGCGGCGGGAGAGAAGAGUCGCGAUUGA